AUGCUUUCAAACCAGCAAGAAGAAAUUCAACUGAAAGGCGAAGAUAUUUCACCAACUAAAGAUGGCUGUCUAUUCAAAGAAAUUGUUCGCCAAGGUACCGAUGAUGAAAAACCAAUGUUCGAUGAUACAGUCUUUAUUCAUUAUAUUGGAACUCUACUUGAUGGAACGGUGUUCGAGAAUACUCGAGAUCGGAAUGAGAAGGUUAGUUUCAAUUUUGGUAAAGGCGAGGUGAUCAAAGCAUGGGAUAUUGGUGUAGCGACCAUGAAGCGUGGAGAAAUCUCACGAUUCAUUUCGAAACCCAAUUAUGCUUAUGGUCUAAAAGGAUUAGGCGGCAAAGUCGGAUCCGCCGCAACUGUGAUCUUCGAAAUUGAACUUCUCGAUUGUGUAGGCAAGUGA